AGUUGGUAACCGUGAGUGACCAGUGAAGCCAUAGUCUCGUCUGAAAGGAGAAAGUUUUUCAAAUGAAAUAAGAAAUAAAAAUAUCGUGAAACUUUUGAGCUCGUAUUUUGAAGUUAUUAAGAAACAUUCACAAUGGAUUUCCAAAAUCGACCUGGUGGAAAAACAGGAGGUGGUGGUGUAGCGUCAUGGUCAGAGAGUAACAGAGAUCGACGAGAGAGGUUAAGGCAACUAGCUUUAGAAACCAUCGACCUUAACAAGGAUCCAUAUUUUAUGAAAAAUCAUUUAGGCUCUUACGAGUGUAAACUUUGUCUUACGUUGCACAACAACGAAGGAAGUUAUUUAGCUCAUACUCAAGGAAAAAAACAUCAAGCUAACUUAGCAAGAAGAGCAGCUAAGGAGGCAAAAGAAGCACCACAAACACUUGCUCCGGAAAAGCCAAGAGUUGAGCCCAAAAAGUUUGUUAAGAUUGGAAGACCAGGUUACAGAGUGACCAAGCAAAGAGAUCCAGAAUCAGGACAGCAAAGUCUAUUGUUUCAAGUUGAUUAUCCUGAGGUUGCGGACAAUGUCAUUCCUCGACACAGGUUUAUGUCUGCUUACGAACAAAGAGUCGAACCACCAGACCGCAAAUGGCAAUAUCUGUUGUUUGCUGCAGAGCCUUACGAAACGAUUGCCUUUAAGGUACCAAGCAGAGAAGUAGAAAAAGCGGAAGGGAAAUUCUGGACCCAUUGGAACAAAGAUACCAAACAAUUCUUUCUACAAUUUGCAUUUAAGAACGAAAAGCCAUCCGUUGGCAAAGUUCCACCACCUCCAGUUCCAUUAAUUCGACCAGGAUUACCACCGAUGGUACCUGUACCUCCUCCUCCUAGACCUCCGAUGUUCAAUCCAGUUCCACCUCCUCCUGCAUUGUUGGCAUCAGGAAUGCAAAUUCCACCUCCUCCACCUCAUAUAGCUUAAUUUUAAAAUUAAAAAAAAAAAACUAACUUUGAAUAAGCAAGUUUUUAAAUAAAUAACAGUAAUAAAAUAAUCAAUGCUCAAAAGGAAGUAAAUCAUUUCAUGACGCUUCGAAUUAGUUUUUUUGUAUUUUAUUAAGAACAUAUGUACACAGUGGAAGUGCGCGCAUCGAAUCACCCAAGUCACCUAAAAUAAAUAUCAUUUCGUUAAAAUUUUUCGAACAACAUUGAAUCCUAAUCGUUUAUAAUCAAAAGUAUAUCAGUUAUGAACAAUCUA